GGCGGCACGGGCGGGGCCCCCGUGCUCUCACGCCCCGGGGUGUGGUUCCCGCGGACAGGCCGGGCGGGGCGGCGGGUUUAAGGCGCCGGCCGGCCCGACACGGCUCACUCGCGCCCUUGCCGCUGCCACCGCACCCCGCCAUGGAGCGGCCGUCGCUGCGCGCCCUGCUCCUCGGCGCCGCUGGGCUGCUGCUCCUGCUCCUGCCCCUCUCCUCUUCCUCCUCUUCGGACACCUGCGGCCCCUGCGAGCCGGCCUCCUGCCCGCCCCUGCCCCCGCUGGGCUGCCUGCUGGGCGAGACCCGCGACGCGUGCGGCUGCUGCCCGAUGUGCGCCCGCGGCGAGGGCGAGCCGUGCGGGGGUGGCGGCGCCGGCAGGGGGUACUGCGCGCCGGGCAUGGAGUGCGUGAAGAGCCGCAAGAGGCGGAAGGGUAAAGCCGGGGCAGCAGCCGGCGGUCCGGGGGUAAGCGGCGUGUGCGUGUGCAAGAGCCGCUACCCGGUGUGCGGCAGCGACGGCACCACCUACCCGAGCGGCUGCCAGCUGCGCGCCGCCAGCCAGAGGGCCGAGAGCCGCGGGGAGAAGGCCAUCACCCAGGUCAGCAAGGGCACCUGCGAGCAAGGUCCUUCCAUAGUGACGCCCCCCAAGGACAUCUGGAAUGUCACUGGUGCCCAGGUGUACUUGAGCUGUGAGGUCAUCGGAAUCCCAACACCUGUCCUCAUCUGGAACAAGGUAAAAAGGGGUCACUAUGGAGUUCAAAGGACAGAACUCCUGCCUGGUGACCGGGACAACCUGGCCAUUCAGACCCGGGGUGGCCCAGAAAAGCAUGAAGUAACUGGCUGGGUGCUGGUAUCUCCUCUAAGUAAGGAAGAUGCUGGAGAAUAUGAGUGCCAUGCAUCCAAUUCCCAGGGACAGGCUUCAGCAUCAGCAAAAAUUACAGUGGUUGAUGCCUUACAUGAAAUACCAGUGAAAAAAGGUGAAGGUGCCGAGCUAUAAACCUCCAGAAUAUUAUUAGUCUGCAUGGUUAAAAGUAGUCAUGGAUAACUACAUUACCUGUUCUUGCCUAAUAAGUUUCUUUUAAUCCAAUCCACUAACACUUUAGUUAUAUUCACUGGUUUUACACAGAGAAAUACAAAAUAAAGAUCACACAUCAAGACUAUCUACAAAAAUUUAUUAUAUAUUUACAGAAGAAAAGCAUGCAUAUCAUUAAACAAAUAAAAUACUUUUUAUCACAA